AGUUUUUUGUGAGGGUUAAGUUAAGGGGUAGGUUUUGGGUUAGGGGAUAGAAUCUAUAGUUCGUACAGUAUAAAAAUCAUUAUGUCGAUGGAGAGUCCUCAUGAGGAUAGCUGCACUAACAUGCAGUGUGUGUGUGUGUGUGUGUGUGUGUGUGUGUGUGUGUGUGUGUGUGUGUGUGUGUGUGUGGUGAACUUCACAUCAAAUGGAGCACGCUGAAUAAAGCCCAUAAAUAAAGUCAACAGAGGCAACUGGGUGAUGCUGUCUGACCGCGGAUGAUGUGUCAUAUCAUUGAACAGUGCUGCCUGUACUGAAUGUGUGCCAUAGACGCAAGGGCUGACGUCAAACACUCAUAAUGAGCAAUUCUCCUCUCCCACACACUGCAGCCCUGUACGGCGUGUACGAGUGCACAAAUCAGAGGGAAAGCUGAUUUGAUGUGCUGUAAGAGAGCGCCACCUUGUUUGUGAGGGAAGAACAGCAGCGGCUAGUACACCGUUAGUGAGGUAGAGGGGAAUAACAAACAGUUGGUUGCGGUCCAGAACUCUCUGCCAGCAGUUCAAGAGAUCUACGGUCCAGAGCUAAACUGAGACCAUGAAGGGCUUGGAGAUGCUGCUGUUGCCUCUGCUGCUUUUUCUCAAAGAUGUAAGUGCUCAGUGGAAUGUGUGGAUGCCCAGAGACAUUUCAGCCAUGACAAACUCCUGUGUAGUUAUACCCUGUUCAUUCACAUACCCCUCUGGCAUCAGGCCUUACAGGGGAGUUCACGGGAUCUGGUACUUUGGCCAACCCUACCCCCAACUUUUCCCUCCGGUGGUUUUUAAAUCCCGUACAGAUAUUGUUCACGAAAGUUACAAGGGACGAACCAAGCUAUUGGGUGACCUGACGCAGAAAAAUUGCACACUAUUGAUAAAUAAUAUUGGCGUUGAACAUUCUGGGAAGUACUACUUUCGGGCAGACUUGGGUGGAGCAAACAUCUACACAUAUCCUGACUCCACAAAACUGCAGGUGUUAGAUCAGCCCAACAUUGAUGUUCCAGAGGUGAUAAUCAGUGACCAGAGCCUGGAUUUGACUUGCUAUGUCCCAGACAACUGUCCAGACAUGAGUCCAGAGAUCCACUGGAUGUACACAGACUACCUACCUGAACCCAUUUUCACCCCUGAUAGUGUUGAAGAAAGCAACACUGCUGUAUUGUCAAGUACUCUCACCUUUACACCCAAACCCAUGCACAAUGGCCAGCUGCUGGGCUGCCGGGUCCACUACCCAAACACCACCUUUGUCUAUGAACGCCUCAUUUCUCUGGAUAUCAAGUAUGGCCCUAGAACUGUGUGGGUGAAUGUGUCUCAAGAAGUAAUGGAGGGAAGCUCAGUGGUCUUGCACUGUGAUGUAGACAGUAAUCCAGUUCCCACGAUUACCUGGUUGUAUGGAGAUAAAGAGCUGAUGUCGGAGACGGCCUCAAAUGCUUCGCUGCCCCUAGAGAACCUCACCCCAGAACAGGAAGGUGUCUAUACCUGCGUUGGUGACAAUGGCUAUGGAAGCAUGAACACUUCAAUGUAUUUGGCAGUAAAUUAUCCCCCACGGGAACCGUGGCUCAAUGAAUCGCUGACAGUAUUGGAGGGUUCUUCAUUUGCUCUCCAGUGCAUAAGUAAAGGUAACCCAAUGCCAACACUGACCUGGCUGAAGGAUGGGGAGUUGGUGGGCACCAUCACAGCAGAGGAGGGGUCUGUGCUGGAGCUGCAUGAGAUCACGCCACAGGCCGACGGAGUUUACCGCUGCCUAGCUGAGAACGAACAUGGCCGAGCCAGCAGCUCACUUAACGUUACCGUAGAAUUUGCUCCAGUCCUUCUGGAUGACUCAAAGUGCACUAUAGUUCGGGAGGGUGUUCAAUGUGUAUGCAUUGCCUCUGGAAACCCUGAGCCUGUGAUUGAAUUCUACCUGCCUGACCUCAAUAUUACUAUCAACCGGACCAAUAACCGCUUCAGCUACUACACGCACACAGAUGGGUACACAUCCACGGGCAUGAUCAAGCUCCGCGACAAGGGUGAAAGGGGAAACAACGGGGAUACAGAUGUCCAUGUGCACUGUAGCAUCAGCAACAUGUACGGCUCAGAGACAUUCCGCUUGGAACUGCAGCAGGAGAAAAAGUACAUGAUGGCUGUGAUUGUGGGGACUAUUGGAGGUGUAGCAGUCAUCGCCUUUAUCAUCGCAGCUGUGAGAUACGUCAGUCAGAACAAUAAAAAAGAGAAUGGUAACCCUGGGCAGGACGUGGGAUCUAAAGUGGAGAAUCCCUCAAUGUUCUACAGCACAGUCAAGAAGGACAAACAGAGUCUCAGGAAAAAAGUGCUUAAGACUGAGCUCCUGGGCUCAAAGUUUAACUCCAUCCUAGAGGAAGGCACGGGAGACAACAGUGAUUACCAAUCUGUUGGCUCAGUGGGAGUCAUGGAGAGGCAAGAGCUGAAUUACACUGCUCUAGAAUUUCUCCAAGGACGACACCGGGAGGGGGCCUUCAGGAGGGCUGAUGGUGUAGGCAGUGACUAUACUGAAGUUAAAGCCAAAUGAACCGCGAUUCUUCCCUGAUGCCUCGGCCAAACGGGACACGGUGGCCACUAGGGUCCAUUCAUUCCUCCUUCCCCAAUAAUUUACUAUUUCACCCACAUUAAUGUAGACUUGUUGAGUUAUCUCAUUGGAACACACUGCUAAAAAGACUAGCUUAGACCAGCAUUAAUUUUAUGCUGCUUUAUGCUGAUUUGAAACUGGUCUAGAUAUGCUAUUCACAGCAAAAAAUGCUGGUCAACCAGCAUGGUCUUUCUGGCGUAGCUUGUUGACCAAGGGAGGUGUGCUGGUUAAUCUAGUUAAGAGGCCUGGCAGGCACACCACAUAACAGCAUCCAAAACACAACAUAUGCCGGUCUUUUCAACAGGACAACCACAGACAUGUUUUAAAUAUACAUUUAUGCACACACUUUAUAUCCAUUCUUGACUGCAACCAUAUCUCUUUUUCUUCUUGUUUUUUGGAAGGAAUACCUUUAGAAAUGAGAGGUAAUAGUUUUCACCUAGUACAAGAGCCUUUAAAAGGAGGGGUCUAUUUUUCAAGAGUUAGAGCACACGCCUAUUUGCAUCCGUCUACACUCUUUUUCCAUUGUUUUUCUAUGUAAACAUGCACUAGAUAGACAUCUUUGACUGUUGCCAUUAACACAUUCAGUCUGGACCACCCCUUAUAGUUUGAAGAAAGCUUGAGGAAAAAUGGUAUUGGUUACAGGCAAGUAUCAGUUACUAGUGGUCCUUUUCACUGUGUCCGCUGUAAGUUGAAGCAUCAGGGAACAAGGCACAAUUUGUGCCUCAAUGUACUGUAUAAGCACUAUCCCCAAGUCUGGGAAUGUUUGGGGGGAUUAACACUCUCUCAAAUACAGCGGUUGAUUCAGUCUUUUUCUGCACGUACCAGUCUACACAUAUUUCAUUAUUCGUCUGCUGAUAUUCCACCCCCCCACCUGAAGUGAAUGCUGAAGUGUUUUUGGGAUUUCACUGUAGAUUCAAGUUGAUACACUGUAUCUUUUCUUUACAGUUUGAUCAUAAUUUAUUCAUAUUAUUAACUGAAAACAAACCAGAAACUGGAUUUUUAUUUUUUCUGGCACAAAUGUAUUCAGACAUAUAUUUGUGAGUUCUUUCUUUUAUCUACUCAGAUUUUAGAUAUGUUCCAAGUACAGCAAGGACCAAAACAGGAAGUAAAGGUACUAUAAAGCGUAAUAUCUGAUGGCCAUCCCAGCCCUGAUACAAACUGCAAUCUAAUAGGGUAAAGCUGAGAUUUCAUAUCAGUAGAAAUUAAUAUUUAAUAAUUAAAUACGCUAAAAGACCCUUUGAAACAUAUAGGAAGGUAUCUCUUUACCUAAGGUGCUUGACGUAAAUGUAAUGUGUUAUGUAAUCAUGUAAUCCUCUGGCAAGGUUGUGUUCAUUUAGAAGUUAGUUAAAUGGUCAGCAUAUGCAUUUGGCCCUUGAAUUACAAUUUCACUAACAAAUUAAUUAUGUUAAAUUAAUCACAUCUUACAUCCAUAAGGAAUUCAUAUAGGCACCUUGGUAGGAUACCAAUGUAUGUAAAUACUCUGCAUGAUAUAUAGUUCUGUGUUGUCGACCUUUUGACUACACAACAGGAACAUACAUUGUGCAACAAUGGUGUAUAUUUUGCAGAAACACAAUGACAUUAUAUGUGCAUAUACAAUUACGUUGUAGUAACACAAACUGUCCAUGUUUGAAGAUAUAUACACAAGUGCUAUACAAGUCUUUAUUUAUUUGGAAGCAAACGGAUUUGGGGGCACAUUUGUAAGUCUGAUUUUACACUUUGAGUGUUGUAAAGAAUAUUUGUAUGUAUCUGACUGUGUGAUGGCAAUAAUAAUGAACAAAGUAAUGUUGUCUCCUCAUUGACAUAAUAAUGCAGAAAAGAAUCUCUGAUCUUCAUUUAAAUUAGCCCAACUCAUUCAUAAUUAUUUAAAUGAUGUUCUUUGCUCGCUUUCAUUUUGUUUAAUAAAAGUCUCCAGCCUCAAA